GCCGGGCGGGGAUCGUCGUCCGGGAACCAGCAGCGCUGCCCGACGCUGAUUCGCGCGACGCUGGGGCCUCAGACCGGCAAGACGAGGGGCGGCAGCGCCUCUAAGCGUGUGCAGAGUGGCUUUCGCCUCUUGCUUAGCGCUCAGGCGUGCGCGCUUCCAAGGGGGAAGAGAGUUGGCCCUCGCAGGCAUUGCCUCCGCAGCUGUGCGGGACGGCGCCCCACCUCCCCUAGCGAGGAGCCGCGGAUCCCACACGGCUGGGGAACGGCAUGCCUGCGGAGGCCGCUCGGACUUUUCCGCGAUGCCUCCCUGCCGGCCAUCCAGGGGGCGGCACAACUGGAGUUAAGAACGGAGACUGACAGGAGAAAGCGAAAGAGCGUAACUUUCAGGCAGCGCCUCAGAACGUGUGCAGAGCGGCUUCCUUCCCCGGCCACUGAAGAGACACCAGAUGCUCAGAGCCGAGUCAUGCUUCCCCGAAGAGCAGCGGCUCUGGGGAAACCAACAGCCCGCCCCGGACACCUAAUUUUAGCAAAGAAUCGGCCUGGGUGCAGCGCGGCUGGCCUCAGGCCGGAGCUGCGGUGCACAACCAAUGGGGGACGGAGCCAUGUGACGCGUUCCGCAUUUCCUGCACGGAAGAGCCGGCGGGGGCAUCCUCCUGCGCCAGCCACAUGUUGACCCCGUAAGCCGUCCUGAGCGGUGAAAGCGCUCUUCAGCCAGCUCACCAUCGUGACAAAAUGGUAUCAGCAGCGCAUGCUAAGCACCGAAUCAUUGUGCACCUGGACCUGGAUUGUUUUUAUGCGCAGGUGGAAAUGAUCUGCAAUCCUGCAUUAAGAGGCAAACCAUUAGGUGUGCACCAGAAAUUCCUGUUAGUCACCUGCAGUUAUGAAGCUAGGAAUUGUGGACUCAAGAAACUUAUGUCAGUGAAAGACGCAAUAAAUCAGUGCCCAGAUCUGGUGCUGGUUAAUGGAGAGGAUCUGACAAAAUAUAGAGAAAUGUCUUACAAGUUUACAGCAUUAUUGGAAGAGUUUACUCCACUGGUGGAAAGGCUUGGGUUAGAUGAAAAUUUUGUGGAUGUCACCGACAUGGUCAAAAUGAGACUGGAGCAGUGGAAAAAAGAUUUCUCUGCAAUCUCUUGCCCUGGCCAUGUAUAUAAAAAUCAGACUGUCGAUUUACAUGACCCAACACAUAGAAGGUUAGCAGUGGGAUCACAGAUCGCAGCAGAAAUGAGAGAAGCCAUGUACAACAGACUGGGCCUUACUGGCUGCGCAGGAAUAGCCACCAAUAAAUUACUCUCCAAGCUGGUGACCGGAAUCUUUAAACCGAACCAACAAACUGUUCUUUUGCCUGAGGGUCGGCAGGACCUGAUGGUCAACCUCGGCCUCUUACGGAAGGUGCCUGGCAUUGGCCCUAGAACUGCGAAGCGGCUCAUGGCACUGGGACUUCACACGGUGAGUGACCUCCAGACAUGUUCCUCUGAGAUGCUGGCAAGAGAGCUGGGGGUUCUGACUGCACAACACAUCCAGAAACUCAGCAGGGGAGAAGAUGACUCUCCAGUCACUCCAUCAAGGAGUCCUCAGUCCAUUAGUGACGAGGACUCCUUUAAAAAGUGUUCUUCUGAAGCCGAAGUGAGAAAGAGAAUGGAAACGCUGCUAACUAAUCUUUUUGACAGGUUGCACAAGGAUGGUAGAAAGCCACAUACAAUAAAAUUAACCAUUCGCCAGAUUUCUGCUGCCAAGCAAUGGCUUAAUCGGGAGAGCCGGCAGUGCCCGAUUCCACCUCAUGUGAUCCAGAGGAUUGGAACUGAUGACUCCAGUGUUAAGACACACCUGGUUGGUCUCCUUAUGCAACUGUUAUACAAGAUGAUCAACGUGAAAGGUCCGUUUUAUAUAACUCUUUUGAACGUCUGCUUCUCCAACUUCAAGGACCCUCCUGCCUCUGCCAAGCACUCUAUUGGGUUUUAUCUAACCAGGCCGUCACCUUCUUCAAGCAGUGAGAAACUUGUUCGUAAAAUGGAAAAUAUGAAUGUACAACAUGCAACUCCAGCAGGUCAGGUGGAUAUUUGUGAAGACUUACCAGAGGCCAGAAAUGCAAGAAGUGUAAAAGCUUCGCUGGAGACCACAAGCCUCCCAAAAGAAACCAACAUUCCUGAAUUCCCGGCUCACUUGCUUCCUGCUGGCAUUGACUAUGAUGUGUUUAAUCAGCUUCCAAAGGACAUUAAGGAAGAAAUCUUAUCUAGCCAAAAAGAGGAAAGAGAUACUGCAGCAACCCCUUUGCAUCAGACAUUACCUCCCUGGAGGGAGGAAUUGGCAGACAGGGCACAGGACAAAACCAGCUGCGCUCCUUCGCAUUCUGGAAGAACCCGUCAAAACUUUAGUGCUUUGGCUUUUGAACCCACCAGUGAGAAGCUGCCACAGACUAUGGAUGGUUGUGCUUCCAGGCGCUUUGUUCCUCAACACAGCCCUCUCGAGACUGCUGGAGAGCUCACCGAACAUGCAGAUCCUGUGGAUGAUAACGAUUUGUCCCCAGCGCUAUCUCCACCCUCUCUUCUCUGGACUGGUACCCCAGAGGGGCGGGAACACCCAGAAAAGUUGCAGCCAGAUGAUGGGCCCUCACAUUGUGCCAGUGGGAAAGAAGGUCCCAAGCUGGACCUGCCGUCUUCUGUUGAUCCCAAGACCUUUUCUGAGUUACCUGCAGAGAUACAGAAGGAGUUGUUGGUGGAAUGGAAAGGCCAGGAGCCCAUUUCCAAAAUUCAAGCCAGCAGAACUCCUGAGAAGCUCAAAAAGCACAAGAAAGGAUUGCCUUCGAGCCCUCAGUCAAACAGCUUAUUGAGAUAUUUUAAACCACGGUGAUUACAUCGAUGCUUUAUGUCGGUGCCCAUGUGCCUCAACUCCGUGGGUUGGCCAACACAUUCAGCAGAAUCUGACUGGCGAGUUCUCGGAUGACGCCAUUUCAAAAAGCAAGAUGUGAAAAAGCCACCGUUUUUCAAUGCUGUUAAGAAUUAGAAAAACCUCACGGUCCACGUAACGGUCACAACAGUGAUAGGAGUUCGCGACUAGCUGAUGCGCCGUUUCUACGGGGCAGGGUUUUGCUUCACUUGAGGGCACAUUCAAAAAUGCAACUUCCUUCAUCUCUCAGCUGAAUUACUACAGUCCCCAGAGAAGUCAACCACCAAAUUUGACUUUCCUUCUAAAAAUUAAGCCUGUUAAACUUUCAGGGGGUAUAAUUAAUGGGAAGGGUGGCAAGAUACAAACUGCCACAGCAAAUACUUCACCCUCUACUCCCAUAACCGCAGAUAUGGUAGCAGUUGGUUUUCUGACCCAUGGAAAGGUGGGAAGGAGGAAGAGAUAGGAAGAAGGACAUAUUGUAGCAACAUAAAUCAGAGGAAAAUAAAAGAUGGUAUACAUCCUCUCUUUCUCACUGCAGUCCAUGGCACAAUUUCAUGCUGCUGCAGAAAGGAGAAAAAUGACAAGCAGACAUGUUCAUGUACAACUAAUCGCAGAGUGCAGAAGCUAGAGUGGCCAUUCAGAAUGGUGCUCUAGGAAUUGCACUUUGUGGUUUGGCCUCCCGGCUGACCACCUCCUGGUGGCAUUCUGACUCUUCUCUUUUUCUGGCAGCAGAAGCAGAGUAGGCUGACUUGUACUGCAUGUGUGUUUGUGUAAUCAGUGUGUGUGUGUGUGCGCGCAGACAAAGAAAUUUUUGGAGCAGGGCACUCUCACGAAAGAAAAAAAAGGAAAAAAACUCAAGGAGGCUUCAGCUUUCAUCCUUGAAUUGGACAUUGUUAACUGUACGAAUGAAAAUUCCUGUUUGCGCUAAACAUAUAUAAUAAGAGUGUAAAGUCAUGUAACACACAAUGCUCCUUCCCAUUAAAAUCUGGAAUAAAGCGAAACUGAUUAGAUCCUCAUCCUAGAAUUAACCUUCUUUUAAAAAAAACCCUUUGAAACAGAGAUAUUUUUAGUUAUAACUAUUCCUGUGUGGGUGCUUUACUCAUAGAAAAAGUUCAAUUGCCAGGUAUGUGAGUGCCAUAUGUGAUUAAAAAGAUAAAAGUUGCCCAGGAUGGCACACGGUAACCUGUAAGUUAGGCCUCUUGGUUCUUCCCUUUUGUAAGUUCGUCCACUGUUAUUAGCUGUAAUGAGAACUUUCAGCCCAAGUGAAGUGGUGCUGUUAUCUACCCAACCCCUAAGUAUGCCUGGUGGGAAUAGAACGUGGGGAACACUGCAAAUUAUUAAUACUUUUAAUUGCUGGUGUCAUUAUUUGCUGGGAGAAAUGAACAGAAGGGGUUCUAAUGCAUUGGAAACAGUACUCUCAUGGUCUUCAGAAGCAGAUAAAGGGGAGAAUUGUGUUCAGUUUUCAUUUUAAUGAGAACAAAUUCACUCUUCGGAAAUCAGUGUUUGGAACAAAGUAUAGUUAUAUUUUGGUGUUUGCACUUCUCAGCCAAAAAAAAAAAAAAAAAAAAGCCAAUCGAAGACUCCAGUAUACUCAAAAAUAUAUACAUGGGUACAUAUUUGCAUAAAAAAGGGGAAAAGAAUAUAAAAAUAUUAUAAAAGGGGAAACUGAUUGCAAAAAUGUUUUAAGCAACCUUGUGUGCAAAAAUGUAUGAGAAAUAAUAUACACAAUAAUGUCUCCAAA